UUACAACCAUGAAGCUGAUCGUCUUCGCCUGUCUGGCCGCCCUCGCCCUCGCCCGUCCUCAGACGCCCGAGUCUCAGGCCGAGACCGUUUUGGACGAGAGGUCCGACAACGGCGACGGUAACUUCCAGUACACCUUCGAAACGAGCAAUGGUAUCAGGGCCAACAAAAUUGGCAGUCCCGGGUCAAAGGGCCAGAGCAACAUGCAGGGCUCAUUCAGCUUCCUUCUUCCCGACGGAAGCACCGCCGAAGUCAGCUUCGUCGCCGACGAGAACGGUUACCAGCCUUCGUCCGACCUCCUGCCCGUUGCCCCGCCGCUGCCCGCCCACGUGCCCGAACUGCUUCGCAUCGCUGAGGAACAGCGGGCGAGCGGAAUCACCUUCGAAUAAAUGCACUCAGCCUCAUCGAAUAUUACGUCUUGCUAUUCUCUGAUAUGUAUAUACGUGUGGUGUCUGAGGUUAUUGUUUCAAUAAAGAUACCUGUAAU